CGAGGAUAAGGCUUGCUCCCCCGGAGUCGUUUCCACAGAGUGAAGGCUGCAGGCAGCGAGGCGCUUGAAAAGGGUGCGACAAGUUUGGUCUGGUUGCUUCUGAAUGUGGAUGAUUAUGUCAGUUCUCCUCCUCCGCUGAUAUGCGUGGAGUUAUGGUAACAGCACUUCAGUGCAAUGUGGUAUUCUUCAAGAACCCUCUUCGACUAGACAACAGAGAGUCCAGUCCUGUUUAAGGCUGUGUUAAAAACAUGCCAGCAAAAAGCAACUGGAAAACUACAGGCUGAUUUCUCUCUUCUUCUUUUUUUUUUUUUAUAGCUUGCAUCUUUUAUUAAAAAGAUUAAAUCCUUGGCCUAUUUGCACGAUUUGAGUCAGAGUUGUAAAAUGAUCAAAAGUGAACCCAAAACCGACCGGGUGCUAAGGAGUGCCUCUCCUCACAGAAAUGCAUACAAAUCAGAUUUCCACUCCAUCAAGUGCUCCUUCGAGGGACCGUCCGUCCUCUACUCCUACGGAGGUAGCGAGGUGCGAGGCAGACCGUCAGGGACCCGGGUGAAUGAAAUUAAAAACAUCUUUCUUCAGAUGGAUGCCCAACAGCCACAAGAUUCGAGUGCAAACCAAACCAAAGCUGGAACGACUAAAUUGCAACGAAGCUCUGCCUCAUACAGGUCUAGUGUGGGAAGUGCCUCCAGCAUGGAAUCGGGCACCACCGAAGUGGUACGGAAAUCAGAAGACAUCUCAUUUGAUAAAGUGGCACUGGCUGAGAAGUUCUCAGAAACCAGAAAGCUCUUUGAGAGUGGACUACCUACAGACAGAAGUGCUUCUGGUAGAUCCAUCAGCCGAUCUUCUGUGCGUAGCGUUUCAGAGGAAGGCAGGUGUGUGAAAAAGCUUACAGAAAAGUCAGACCAAAUGCAGAUACUAGGGGAUCAAUCAAAGGGGGACAAGGACAGAGGAAGAACUGAGCGUGAGACACCACCACACAAGCCUGCGCUGAUGAUGAAGAAUGCAGGACCUAUAUCCAGGAGACUGGAAAGCUUCAUGUUAGACAGUGACAGUGAGUCCUUGUCUGGUCCAUCUGUCUCAACUCGUUCACAGAGUCCAAGCAGUCAUUCCCAACCACCAUCGUCUCCAAACAGUGAGCAUUCAGAUUCACUUUUGUCGCCAGAUUCUCCCACAUCACACUCUGUGUGGCCUGAAAGUCCUUCUGGUCAGGCAGCUGCAAAUUUAACUUCACAAAGUGAGUCGCAGUAUUCACCUACCCCAGUUAAUGGAGUCUGUUCAGAAGAAAGCCAUCACUGGAGUACCAGUAGCACAAUGGAUAAUGCUAACGAAACUUCCAUUUCCGUUGUGUCAACCGAGCCAACUGUUCUUUUUAAAAGCGAGAAGCGUCAUCGUCUGUCUGUGAGCAGUGGUUCUGCAAGUCCAUCAGGAGAAGGAAAUGAAUGUUCGGAACUGAAUGUCUCUAAAGGGAAGCAACACAAGGGGGAGUUCGGUUCCCCGAGUCUGUCUACGGUCCGAGCCGAGUUAGUUGUGGUCCAUAACGAAUCGUCAGAAGGUGAGAGCAAUGAGGAAGACCGCAUUGCAGAUGACGUUUUUGAAGAAGUCAAGAACGAGCAACCUCCCACAUAUCUUCCUUCAAAAAUAGUUUCCAUAAACAGCAAGGAGGUCCAAAGUAUAUAUAAUGAAGGUAAAUCAGGGAGGGACUUCAGGAUAGAGGAGGAGAAAAAGAAGGAGGGGAUGGAUGGCACUAUGUUGGUAGGAGACAAGGAUCAGGAAAGGCAGGAAAAGUUGGCAGAGGAUAUAAGUAUCCGCAAAGAGGAACAGAAGGAGGAAGAGGAAGGCGGGAAGGUGAAAGAGGUACAAGACGAGGGAAAGCAAGUGCAAGAGGAAGUAUGUCCACACAGUGAGAUGAAAACUGAACAGGAAGUGAGGGAAGAGGAGGAAAACGGCAUGCAGAGGGAAACCGAGGAGAAUGUGGAAGAUGAUGAUGAUGAUGAUGUGGUGAAAGAAGCUUUAGAGGAAGACGAUGAUGAGCAUGAUGUUGAAGAAGGGACUGGGGAAGAGAGGCAACAGCAAGUGAAUGAGGACUCUGCUGGGAAGAGACCUUUGAUAUGUGGGAUUGAGAAUGCAGCUUUUGUGGAUGACCGGGAAAGUAAGUCAGACUAUCAGCAAAAAGCACAGAAUUCUGGACAAGACUAUGAGCAUUUCCAGGAAUAUGAGGAGAUUCCAGGCCUCUCUGAUGAAGAUGACCCCAGCCCAAGACGGAAGAUCAGGUUCUCCACUGCUCCUAUCAAGGUGUUCAGCACGUAUUCCAACGAUGAUUACGAUCGCAGAAAUGAAGAAGUCGACCCUGUAUCCGCGUCGGCCGAGUACGAGCUGGAGAAGAGGGUGGAGAAAAUGGACGUCUUCCCAGUGGAAAUUCAGAAAGGAGAUGAAGGUCUGGGGAUCAGUAUAAUAGGAAUGGGCGUAGGAGCCGAUCAAGGUCUGGAGAAACUCGGCAUCUUCGUCAAAACCAUCACGGAGAAAGGAGCGGCUCAGCGUGAUGGCCGUAUUCAAGUCAACGAUCAGAUCGUGGAGGUGGAUGGGAUCAGCCUGGUCGGAGUCACCCAGCUGUUCGCCGCCACUGUUUUGAAGAACACCAGAGGACUCGUGAAGUUUCUGAUUGGCCGAGAAAAGCCAGGGGUUGAGAGUGAAGUAGCUCGAUUGAUCAGUGAAACUCUGGAGCAAGAAAAGAGCACGCAAAAUCAAGACGAUGACACUACUGACCAGGAGGCGGAGAAUGGAGAAAUGUUGACCCAGCCUCAAGAACCUGAGCCUGAAGAGCAAACGGCUCACAUCCCUCAGGAACGCGAUCCUGUCAAGCAAGAAGUCCAGCAACUUGCAGGAGAAAAGGAUAAGAGCACCAUGGAGGAGGGUGAAGAGAGUCAAGUGGAAGAGAAGGAGGAGGAGAAAGACAAAGACACCUCACUUGAUUUGGCUCAGGAGGUGUUUGCACACCUGAAGAAUCAAGGCAUUGUUAUUCCCAAGGACAUGAAUCAUAGCGAGCUGGACCAAACAUUCAAAGAGCUCCAAAUGAAGCACAGCACAACUCUAACAGAGCUGAAGCAGAUGAAGGAAAAGCUGCGAGCGUGUGAAGCUGAACGCUUAGCCUGGGAGGCUCGAGGUGCAUCUCUGGAGAAGAGCGUGAACGAGAGCAGAGAGAGAAUAGAGAAGUUGGAGAAAUACUGGCUGGAUGCUCAGGCUCUCUGCAAGACCAUCAACCAGCGGCUCAGCGAGGCCCAGAGCCAGCACGAGGCACUGCAGGUCAAAUACGACAAAACCAACACACUGCUACAAGAACACAAGGACCGGGAAGCUGAGUUUCUAAAGAGAGAGGAGGAUUUGAAGAGACGUCUAGAGGACAGAGAGAAGGAUUAUAAGAAGACUCUGAGAAGGCUUCAUGAACAGAUUGCUGUUUUGGAAGGUCGACUGAGUUCGGAUCAGCCUGAAGAGUCGUGUAGUCCCGCGGUAGAAAGCCAGCCGAGCAGCCCCACCUCGGGAUCUUCAGAUAGGAACGAACAAGCUUCAGACUACUUCGUUCACGAUGCGGACUUGGGGGAGGCGAUACCCCGGACGGAUCGUCUAGACUGCAGCGCUUACAGAGCCAAGGCCAGGCUUACUCAAGGAGUCCAGCGCAAAAGGCCAUCACGAAACAAACUCCGAGAGUCCGCUAAGAGCACACAGUCCUCCAUUCAGCCACAGCAAGAAGAGCAUAAAAGCGAUAACGGUAUAGAAACUAACCGGAGACAUUCCUACUUGGAGAGUCUCUCCAUACCUGUAUCCUCUGCACAGCCGGGCUACGAGCAGAGGAGCGAGUCUCAGGGCAGGACGAGGCCUGGAGGAGAAAGGGGAGGUGAUUUGUCCAGCUCUCCCUCCCUUCAGGGCCUCAUGCCUCAUGGAGAAGGCAGCACAAGGUCUAGCCUGUCUCCUCCUAAAGACUCGUCUACACCUCACUCUCCCACAUCCAGCCAGUCAUCCUCCGGCCUGCUCCACAACCUUCGUAACAGGAGGUACAAGAAGAAGGAGAGCAGCCAGAGCAGGAAGAACAAAGAUGAGGAGAGUGACAGCUCGACGACAAGAAUGUCCAAGAGAAGAUUUCCAGAUUUUGGCGGUUUGCGCAAAUCCGGUGGGAAAGGCCGCAAGCAAGAAAAGGAGGUGCAGCGGGGUUCUGUAGGGAGCAGGAGCUCAAGAGAGCUGGUGGACGAAUCCAGCGGAAACGCCUCUCCCUCCGACUCGGUGUCCUCCAUCCCGUCCUGCAUGCCUUUCUCCUGGUUCGGGGACAGGGAGAGAUCUAGAGACAGGGAGCGAGAGAAAGAGCAGUCGCUGUCCAGCUCUAGUCUCCCCCACAGUCCUACGGAGGGACACACGGGGGACGGAAUGGAACGAUGGAAUAAGAGCACUUCGUCUCGUCCCUUUCGCCUCUCGCACGCCUUACAUACGAGCUUCGAUUUGAAUGCCAGCAGUCCUCGCUCUGCCCUGGCGUCUUUAUUGAGUGAACCUCGUACUCGAGGACACUCCCAGAAACUCGUCUUCUCCUCCUGCGAGACCCUCGACGAUGAGCCUGCUCCUGUCAUAAGGCAACACUUGUGGCAGAACCGCCCCCUUUUAGAGUGGACCAAUCAGCAGGUGUGCCACUGGUUGAUGGGCAUGAAUAUGGACCAGUACAUAGCCGAGUUCACUGCGAAAGGAGUCGACGGAAAACGUCUGGCCGAUCUGGACAGCAGUAAACUCAAGGAGCUGGGGGUGUCGAGUCAGAGAGAUCGCGCCACCAUUAAGAGGAAGCUGAGAGACAUGAAGAAGGCACAGGAAAAGUUGGAGAAACAGAAGGCGAAGAAGGAGAAGGAGGUCCGACUGAGUAGUGGUGGUGGUGGUCAACCUGGGAAUCUUGAAUCUGCCUGCUAAAUCUGAAUCUCCAGUAAAUAUUACACUUCAGGGAAAAGCCCCCGAUCUGGGAAACACCGACAUUUCCAACAAGAUGUCAUGUACAUCGUGUGUGUGUGUGUGUGUGUGUGUGUGUGUGCGCAUGCACUGCUUGUUACUGGAUAUGAUGGGAAUAGCUCAUUUAGCUUCUUCUAGCACAUCCUCUCACUUCCUCUGGAUAAGUCGAGAUAUUUUUUACGAUCUUCAAUGAUAGUUUUAUAUCUUAGGAUUUGAUUCAUCACCUCCAGAUGUAAGACUCGAGGUGUCUUAAUCGCACUGCUGCUGUUUUUAUUCGAUUCUUGCGUUUCCACCUAAAUGAAAUUGUUUACAUUUUUACUGUCCGAGCAGAAAUGUAGUCUCUGGAGCCACUUGGGUUCGAGGAUAACACACUGAAGUGACACGUCUCCUUGGGUUAACAAAGGGUCAUCAAAUCACAAACCUCAGUAUGUGACAUCACCAUUAUUCCUUUAGCUCACUCGUUUGGCUUGAAGCUAUGUUUAGCUUAACGUAAUUCCACAAUAUGAUGAUAGCAAAACACAAGCCAAGCUUGCUGGAAUAUGCUCUGGUAGAUAGCAAAGUACUUUAGCUAACAAAGCUCUAUAGGAAACUCUUAAGUAGCUAAGAAGCCAAAUAUUUCAUUAUGGAAUCAAAACCAGGAGCCAUGUUUGCCUGCAAGAAAGCUAACCAUAGGUAAACUAUUCUAUUAGGUAGUUAAAACCACUAGCCACAUUCGUUUAAUGCUUUGUUGUGUCUACAUACUAAAGAAUUUAUAUAUUUGCUCAAGCACUUUGAAUAAUAUCGGGCCUAAUAUUGAGCCCUGGGGAACCCCCACAUACUUAUCAAAGGCUAAACUAUUAUGAUGAUGUCAUAUCGUGUGAAAUUUGUGGUUGGAUGAUGAAGGUAGCCAAAGCUCCACCCUCGAGUCAGUGAUGAGGGACAUGAACAAAAUCUGGAGUGUCGAUUACUAUUUAUUUACACUGGAGGGCAGCAGUGAGGUGACUUCUCAUUAUGGCCAGCAUUCAUGAAGCUUUUCAGAUGUGAGCCUCCUGAUAUUGGGUCUGUCUUAAGGGAUUAUAUCGAGUCCAGUGUCUGAUGAAUUUUGUCCUCUGAAGUGCUUCGUGAAUGCUAGAGCACACCCUGCACUUUAGCUUAAUCUCUAACCUUAAUCUGUAGCAAGCGAAUGUCUGUGUUAUGAAGCCCCCACUCUCACACACUUUGCGGAACAAAACCCACUGUAUGGAAAGAGUGUGCAGUUUUAUCCGAACACAUCACCUGCCCUACUGUACACUUUGUCUUUUUACUUUUUUUAAAAGAAAAAAAUCUGCUUAUUUUUAUUGUUGGCUGUACAUAAUAAGGCAACGCUGUCAGUGGAAUUGUCAGGAAGUGAGAGCUUCACUGUCUUUUACGCCACAGAUGGUUUUACAUGUGUAACAAAUAAAUAAAAAGUAUUUUACAUGAA